AUGGUUCCGUCCGGGUACGACUGCGCCGCCUCCGUGCUGCUCUGCGCCGAGGACAACGCCGCCAUCCUCGGCCUCGACGACGACGAGGACGACUGCUCCUGGGCGGCGGCGGGGGCGGGGGCCACCACCCCGCCGCGCGUCGCCGCCGAUGCCGCCGCCGCGGCGGAGGGGUUCCUGGUGGACCACCCCGUGCAGUCCGACGAGUGCGUGGCGGCGCUCGUCGCGACGGAGAAGGAGCACAUGCCCGCGGACGGGUACCCCCAGAUGCUGCAGCGCCGGGCCGGGGCCCUGGAUUUGGCCGCCGUCAGGAGGGACGCCGUAGAUUGGAUUUGGAAGGUCAUUGAGCAUUUCAAUUUCGCGCCGUUGACUGCGGUCCUGUCUGUCAACUACCUUGAUAGGUUCUUCUCGGUCUAUCCCCUUCCUGAAGGCAAAGCUUGGGUCACACAGCUCUUGGCAGUGGCUUGCCUGUCCCUCGCUUCGAAGAUGGAGGAGACCUAUGUGCCGCUCCCUGUCGACCUGCAGGUGGUUGAGGCAACUUCUGCGUUUGAGGGAAGGACCAUAAAAAGGAUGGAGCUUUUGGUGCUCAGCACCUUAAAAUGGAGGAUGCAAGCUGUUACUGCUUGCUCAUUUAUUGACUACUUCCUGCGCAAAUUCAAUGAUCAUGACGCACCCUCCAUGCUCGCAUUCUCCCGCUCGACCGACCUCAUCCUGAGCACUGCUAAAGGAGCUGAUUUUUUGGUGUUCAGACCUUCAGAGAUUGCUGCAAGUGUUGCACUUGCCGCAUUUGGGGAGCGCAAUACUUCAGUAGUCGAGCGGGCUACAACUACCUGCAAGUACAUAAACAAGGAGCGAGUGUUAAGAUGCUACGAACUGAUUCAAGACAAGAUAGCAAUGGGAACCAUUGUCCUAAAGUCAGCUGGAUCAUCAAUGUUCUCUGUGCCGCAAAGCCCGAUAGGCGUGUUGGAUGCUGCUGCAUGUCUCAGCCAACAGAGUGAUGAUACUGCUGUUGGAUCUCCAGCAACAUGCUACCAAGCCUCUUCGGCAAGCAAAAGGAGGAGAAUUGGCAGAUGA